CAGGACUUGUUUGAAAGCAAAGAACUGAAAGAAACAAGGGGGAGAGAAGUGAACAUUUUUGAAAGAUCACUCAGCUCUAACACACCUUGGCUGGGUCUGGAUAAAAAAAAAAGUGGGAACGGCAAACAGUCUAGAAGAAAACGUCAGGGGAGGAAAGAAGAGGCAUUUACUCAAAGUUGUUUCCGAUUCCUUCAGCAUCUCAAACUAGGUGGCGAUGAUAUGGAUGUAACCAAGAAGAACAAAAGAGAUGGCACUGAAGUCACUGAACGAAUCAUCACAGAAACAGUAACUACAAGACUUACAUCCUUACCACCAAAAGGGGGGACCAGCAAUGGCUAUGCUAAAACAGGAUCUCUGGGUGGAGGGAGCCGGCUGGAGAAACAGAGCCUGACGCAUGGCAGCAGCGGCUACAUAAACUCAAGUGGGAGCAUGCGAGGCAGUGCCUCCACCUCCAGUUACAGGAGGGCCCAUUCACCUGCCUCCACUCUGCCCAACUCACCAGGCUCGACUUUCGAGAGGAAGACUCAUGUCAGCCGCCAUGGAACAUAUGAAGGGAGCUCCAGCGGCAACUCUUCCCCCGAGUACCCUCGGAAGGAAUUUGCAUCUUCUUCUACCAGAGGACGGAGCCAAACACGAGAGAGUGAGAUCCGAGUUCGACUGCAGAGUGCGUCCCCAUCUACCCGCUGGACAGAAUUGGAUGAUGUCAAGCGUUUGCUCAAAGGGAGCCGCUCAGCAAGUGUGAGCCCCACCCGGAAUUCCUCCAACACACUCCCCAUCCCCAAGAAAGGCACCGUGGAGACCAAGGUGGUGACAGCGAGCUCCCAGUCAGUGUCUGGCACCUAUGAUACAACCAUCCUGGAUGCCAACCUUCCCUCCCAUGUGUGGUCCUCCACCUUGCCAGCGGGGUCCUCCAUGGGCACCUAUCACAACAACAUCACAACCCAGAGCUCAUCCCUGCUCAACACCAAUGCCUAUUCUGCAGGAUCAGUCUUUGGAGUUCCAAAUAACAUGGCCUCCUGCUCCCAAACUCUGCAGCCGGGAAUCAGCACCAGCUCCUCAGUGUUCGGCAUGCAGAACAAUCUGGCCCCCAGCUCAUCCACCCUGUCCCACGGCAUGGCCACCACUUCCACAGCAUAUGGUGUGAAGAAAAACAUGCCCCAGAGUCCCACUGUUGUGAGCACUGGGGUGUCCACUUCUGCAGCCAGCACCACAAAUGUCCAGAAUGAUGACCUCUUGCACAAGGACUGUAAAUUCCUGAUCCUGGAGAAGGACAACACACCCUCCAAGAAGGAGAUGGAGCUGCUGAUCAUGACCAAGGACAGCGGGAAGGUCUUUACAGCCUCCCCAGCCAGUGUCACUGCAACUUCUUUUUCAGAGGACACCCUAAAAAAGGAAAAACAAGCUGCGUACACCGACACCUACCUAGUGUCAGAAGCUAACGGGGAUGUGAAGACUGUGUCCGCAAAAGGCAAGGGCGCCUCUGCAGGUGAGCAAGAGCGACGGGUCCCACAGCAACAGGAGUGGAGGAGCUGGCGAUGGUGACUGGACCAGAUAACAGCCCCCUAGCCUGGAGCCAGAGCACACAUGAACACCCCAGCUCUAGA